GUGCAGCAGCCGCCGGCUGUCGGAAAGAUGAGAGUCGCCGGUGAUGUGCUUGUGCGGAGGCCUCGCGGAGGACAACGCCAGGAUCAUCCUCCUUGCCGUUGUCCUGGCAGCGUAUAUGCUCGCAGGCGCGGCUAUUUUCCAAGAGCUAGAGAGUGAUCUUGAGAUACGGCAGGCCGCAGAAUUUUGGCGGAUAUAUCACGCUUUUCGAAGGCACCACUUGCGAGGUAGUCCUUUAGCCCUGCAGAGAUUGCACGAGCUGCUGUACGCUUAUGGCAACGCUUCUGCUACCGGAAUCAUCAACAAGAGACGUCGCUGGGACUUUCCUGGCAGCUUUCACUUCGUAGGAACCAUAGUCUCUACGAUAGGGUACGGAAGCACCGCGCCCCAGACAACAGCUGGCAAAGCGGUAGUCGUUCUUUAUGGUUUCUUCGGUUGUUCCGGUGGCAUCCUGUUCUUCAAUCUCUUCCUGGAAAGAAUCAUCACUUUUUUGGCGUGGAUUUUACGCAGCUGGCACAUACAUCGGUUGAGGAGACGUCUUCGCAAGACUACAUUAGCGUCUCGACGGGUUUCUAAGUCAGCGAACACUCGAAAAAGAUCAUCUUUACCAGACAUUCUUGACGACGACGACCACGUGGAUUUGGACCAAUGGAAACCGAGCGUAUACGGGGUCAUGCUCUACUUGUCCGCGGUUUCCUGCAUCAUCGCCUGUUGCGCUGCCGCACUCUAUGCAUCGCUGGAGGGUUGGGAUUACUUUGACGCGUUGUACUUUGCUUUCAUCAGCUUCACCACCAUCGGGUUUGGCGACUUCGUUAGUACGCAAAAACCGAGUUAUCCUCACGUACAUUGGUAUAGAUUUGCGAACUUCAUCUUUCUAGUGGUGGGAUGUUGUUGUAUAUACUCCCUGUUGAAUGUCACGUCGAUCGUGAUAAAGCAAGGUCUGAAUUAUGUGAUACACAAGCUGCAAUAUGGUAAUCGGGACAUGGCGGCACCGUAUCUGCCGAGACGACAGUCUUCGAUAUCGACUAUAUAUUAUUCGAAGAGGAGGCCGACGAGAUUCGUUGGUAGGGAUUCGAUCAGGGCAGAGGAUAACUCGGAGACGCCUCGCAGGAUGUCCGGUGAAUUGAUCUCCAUGAAAGAUUUCUUGUCUGCCAAUAAAGUCUCUUUAGCUGUUAUGCAAAAACAGCUUUAUGACGCCGCGCAAAAACAGAGAGGCGGCGGAUCACUUGCCGCUACACCAAAUCAUCAGAUGCUGAAACCCGGUGCGGUAGGUCCACUCGCAAUCGCCAGUGAAAAAUUUGAAAGUAAAAACACAAUAAAUAGAUAGGAAUAAUCAUGGCAAAAAAGUAGUAACUAUAUAAGAAUAUAACACAUAUAUGUAAAAGAUGUCUUAUAUAAGAUAGAUAGACUUAUUCUAUCGUAUUUCUUUUUAAAGAAACUCAUGUUUUAAUAAGGAGUAUGAGUACAGAAUCGAUUUAUAUCCAAUCUAUAUAUAAGACAUCCUGACAUAUAUAUCAUA